CAGGUUUAUGGACACCAUGAAGAACACGGUGGGCCAGCGGACCACAGAGAUGGCCCUUCAGCUGGGACUCCUCUACAAACCAGCUGAUGCUCUGAAGAUCGGACUGGUGGACCAGCUGGAGCCUGAAGACCAGGUCAUCGCCGCGGCAACGCAGACCAUCAGCAGGUGGCUGGCUAUUCCAGACCACGCCAGACAGAUCACCAAAUCCAUGAUGAGGAAGAAAACCAUCGACAAGCUCACGUCCAACAGAGAGUCCGACAUCCAAUACUUUGUCAACUUCAUCACCAAAGACUCCAUCCAGAAGUCUCUCGGCGGGUACAUGGAGAUGCUGAAAAAGAGAAGAGCCUAGAGGAGAAAUAAUAACGUGUAUACUUUCUUUAGGGUCGCGUUGGAUAUAAAAACACAUCUGGUCUCAUAUUUUUAUUGGUGUCAAGAUAAGAUCCUUGACUCUCUCGGCAGUUCGCCUUCAUACCGGUUCGACCAAUGGACGUACUCCUAAUGUUUGAUUGUAUGACGAAGUACAUUUACUCAAGUAUUGUACUGAAUGUGCAACAUGUAGGUACUUGUACUUGUCUCUCCUGUACUUAUUACUGUACAUUAAUUCAUUUUGCCUAAUUAAAAGGGUUUAUAAGAUAUGGUAUUUUGUAAUUAAUUAAACUAUAUCAAACAAUUGUACAAGACCGACUUUUUCAAUCAAUCAAUUAGCCAAUUAAGGGAUAAGUAAUUAGCAUCUAUAAACAUUAAGUCAUUUUCUAUUUUAUUUGGAAUAGGGGUGUUUUGGUACAUUUGGCCGUUAACACUAACAAUGCAUUCAUUUGACAGUGUUGUUUUAGACCUCUCACUUCAGUAAUGGGUUACUUCUUCCACCACUGCUCAUGAUUCAGUGACAAAUACAUUCUCUUUCCAAAUGUCAAAGUACUUUGGUUGAAGUUACCACUAUCUUUGAUCCAGCCGGUAUUAAAAACACUUGCUACUCCACCUCAGCCCACAGUUAGCUAUGUUUUGGAAAUAGACUCAACAUUAGUAAAACAAACUGUGAAUGAUUUUCUAGUUCUCCACCAAGUGCCUAGUCUGUACCUUUUAAGAACCAUAACAAAUAGUGAGGAAGUAACCCUGGGACUUCUGUAAGAUGUAUGUACAAAACAUGACUAACAACACAUGUGCUUUAGCCUGAUAACAUGUAUCUAUUCAUGUGGUUAGGGAACUGCUUCUGAUUAAAUAAUGGAUUGUCAAAAUCAAAA